ACUCUCCCUUUCCAUUUUAUUUUGCUUUGCCGCCGGCUGCACUCUUCCUUUGCUUGUUUGUCCACCAAAUAGCUUCCAAAUUUCUACCCAUCUUGCAACAUCUAAGCUUCUCCCAGUCACAGCCGGUCCCUCUGUUUCAUUUUUUUUCUUAUAUGCUUCCCUAGAUCUACCCAAAACAGCAACCCACUUCUUCCAACUUCCAGAUCUACUGCCGGCUACACUCUUCCUUUGCUUGUUUGUCCAGAUCUGCUCGGUGGUUCCCCCGGAGACUCUUCUUGCUUCACAGAUCCGCCUGGCUUGUGUUCGGUAGACCAGUGACUCCACCGAACAGCCUUCCCUUGCCAAAAUCAUUCCCAUGGCUCAUGACCGAGAAGAGCAAACCAUGCCCACCGGAUCUGCUUCCAUGGCCGGUUCAAAGGCCACUCCUUGCUUAAGGUCACCUCCCCCAGAUUUAAUUAAAAUCUUUCAAAACCGAAAUCUUCAAGAUGAUAUAAACAGCAUACUCCAAAAACAAAAGCCAUGCCAUUCAAACCAAACUUUUGUUCCUCACAAAAAAUCUCAGAUUUUGGGCCCUUAUUUUGUGUCUCAUCCACCGGCCUCUCUUGCCUCCAUUUACCCACAGCCCAAAGAACAUUUUCUCCCCUUCCAGGUAAAACCUUACUGGAAUAAAUGGAUUGGCUCUUUUGGUGCUUGGCCGGUUUGGUGAAAAUCAGAAUGGACUGACUGGAUAAACCGUCUGGAACCUGCUUUUGGUCAAAUUUGGAGAGAUGCAGGCUUGUUUGAAUUUAUACAACUCACCAAAUGCAGAUUCCCCAUGGACAAGCCGGUCUUGGGUGCGGCUUUGUUAUUCUGGUCUGGCUCUUUCAAUUGUUUCCAUUUUCCCUGUGGAGCCAUGUCUGUAAGCCUUUUUGAUGUCAGCUCGUUAACUGGAUUGCCCAGGCAUUAAGUACAAUGCGGAGUUGAAGCCCUCUUAUCCAGCUUUCGUGAAGUCUGCCUAUGAUAAAAGUAAGCCUGUCAAUGCUGAUGAGCAUAUUUCAUUUUUGCUUACUUUGAUUGGCAAAUAUAUAGUCUGAUCUGCU